CUCCGUACAGUUGUAACUUGAUCGAGUCAGGUGACUUGGCGAUAGUGGAUUCGCGAUAACAGAACCCAAUGGAAUCAUGUUCUGCAUGACGACGACAAAUCCGCUCAACCUCACUUACAUCCAUCCCAAACUCUAUCACAAGUGCCAAGACUUCAAUAUUAAGCUAUAUCCUAGUCUCCUUCCUAUCCUGCACAACGCAGCCUAGUCUCAACCUACCGACAAUUCGGCUUCCAUCCCACUUUACCCCUCGUCAAGCAUUACCAACCCAGUCACGAUACCACGGCAGUUGAUACGACAUACGCAAGCUUCUCACCUGUCAUUUCCCUUCGAUAUCAUCUCGCGAUCCUUCGAAACUCAAUCUUGCACUGUUAGACAUGGCUCCCUUGUACCAAAAGGCCCUCGUGCUCGGUGCUUCUUCCGGUAUUGGAGAGGCCCUUGCCGCCAAGCUCAUAGCCACAGGGACAAAGGUCAUUGUCGUCGGUAGACGGAGCGAUAAGCUUCAGGAGUUUGUGAAGAAAUAUGGAGAUGAUAAUGCAAGGGCCGUGGUGUUUGACGUCACGGACCUGAAUGGAAUCAAAGGCUUUGCCGAAUCUAUCACCCAGUCCGAUCCAGAUUUGGACUCUAUCGUGUUUAGUUCAGGCAUCCAAAGAGGAUUUGACUUUACCAGCCCCGAAACUCUGGAUCUAUCUGUUCUUGGCGACGAACUUACCACCAAUUACACAUCUGCCGUCCAUCUCACCGCAGCAUUCCUCCCUCAUCUCAAGGAACAGCCCCAAGGCCAUCUAAUCUACGUCAGCGCGACGCUUGGCCUAAUUCCUUCCAUGAUACGAACACCAAAUUACAAUGCAUCCAAGUCGGCCCUUCACACUUUCAUCCUAAACGUUCGAGAACAACUCAAAGCUAGUGGAGCUUCUCACAUCCGCAUGAUCGAAGUUUUUCCGCCGGCUGUUCAGACGGAGUUGCAUGAUGAGAAGCAUCAGCCUGAUUUGGUGAACGGUGGAGAGAUUGGAAUGCCGCUUGGUGAGUUUACGGAGAGGAUGUUUGAUGGGCUUGUUAAGGGUGAUGAGCAGUUUGCUGUUGGGCCGGGGGAGAGUCUGUUUAAGGAGGAUGGGUUUGAGACGCAGAGGAUGAAGCUUUAUGAAGCAGGGCGGGAGUUUAUUAACAAGUCUUUGGCCAAGUACCUGAAGAAGUAGUGGCAAUAGUAUUUCCGAACUUAAGCAACUAGAUUUGAACUUAUGGCUUUUGAUAAAGUAUAGCAUGUAAGAGACUGGAAUUCCUAUGCGGGAGGGACAUUUG